GUCCUGUGGGUCACUAUUGCCCCACUGGCAGCCCUGAGCCCAUACCCUGCCCCUCUGGAAAAUACCAGGACCAGGCUGGUAAAAGCCAGUGUGAAAUGUGCCCAGCAGGAAUGUUCUGUGCCCUUGAAGACCAUCCAUCCAGUCUCCAUAACAACUCACGUGGAGUGAUGAAACCAAUGGUCUGUCCAGCAGGAUAUUACUGCCUCCUGGGCACAAAAGCUGGCAAUCAGUACCCGUGCCCAGCAGGGACUUACAGUAACAAAACUGGACUGAGAAACCCUAGGGAGUGCUUGCCUUGUCCCAGAGGCAUGUUUUGUGCCAGUGCAGGACUUGUUUCUCCGAGUGGUCCUUGUUUGCCUGGGUAUUACUGCACUUUAAAGGCAAAGGUACCCAAUCCUGCCAAUGAUGCCACUGGUGGCCUUUGCCCAGCAGGCCAUUACUGCCCAGCAGGCAGCAACGAGCCACAGCCGUGUCCCUCUGGCAUGUUUUUGCCACAGCAUGGGAUGGCUUACCAUAAUGCCUGUCUGCCCUGCCCAGGAGGGAAGUUCUGCCAAGGAGAGGGCUUGAUAAGCGUUUCUGGAUCAUGUUCUGCUGGCUAUUUUUGUGAUGGUGAAUCCACACGGCCAGACCAUAAGCUGUGUCCCCCUGGCUUUUACUGUCCUGAGGGUUCUGAAUCCCCAGUUCCUUGCAGCCCUGGUUACUUCAACUCUGAGAGAGGAAAGUGGCAGCCAGCAGACUGUCAGCUCUGCCCAGCUGGGUAUUUCUGCAGUGGUGAGUGCUGAUGUAUUUGAGAACUGGGAUUUGCACAGUGUAAAGCAGGGCGAGGUAGGUGCAUUCUCCAGCUUUAUUCCAUCCAACUCGUAUAACAUUCACCA